GUCCUGAAACGAAAUAUAGCAGCUUAUAAAAUUAUCAAGUUCUAAUUGGAUGUCAUUGUCGUGAUUGUUUUUUCCUUCUUAAAUUAGAGUUCAAUUACACGGUCCAAACUACGAGCAAUUGCAACAGUAUAUUUUGUAACUAAAAUUAUUUAAGAUACAUACAGUUCGUUAAAAAAAUGUUCAAAGACUAAGUGACUUUUGUAGUAAUUUUUUGAAAGUAAAAGGUCAAGUUAUGGGUUGCAAGUAAAAAAACCAAACAAGUUUUAGUGUAGUCAUGGAAAUUGAAGAACCUAUUAAACGAGGACUUUUACUUUUUCCUCCCCAAGGAGUUCUGAGUCAACUUAAGAAAACGUGGCAUAAACGAUACUGUCAAUUGUUUAAAGCAAGCAAAUCUGGAAUUGCGAGGUUAGAAAUAUGGGACUGUAAGGAAGAUUUUGUUAAUAAACAAAAUUCGCCUAGAAUUAUUACGUUAGAAGCGUGUAUUAAAAUUGGAUUGAGUUGUCAACCAAAAGUUUUUGAAGUGAUAACUAAAACAAAUGACUAUCAUUUUGGUUGUUUUACUGAAGCUGAGACUUGUGACUGGAUAAACGUCUUCCAACAAGUUGCAUUUAGAGACGACGCUUCAAUUCAAACAAUCGAAGAAGACAACGAUCUGUAUUGUGCCAGUAAUGAAGGAGUUUUUUCAGUUAAGCUCGUGGAGACUGAAGCAUCAAAACGAUGCCGAUUAGACCCUAAAAAUUACACUCUCGUGAUUUCUACAACAGACUUGAAGCUUAUCGACAACGACACAGUUCUUUUUGUCUGGCCAUACAGAUAUAUUAGAAAAUAUGGAUACAGAGAUGGAAAGUUUACGUUUGAGGCUGGACGAAAAUGUGUGUCUGGCGAGGGAUCUUUUAAAUUAGAGCACAGUAACCAACAAGAAAUUUUUCGGUGCAUUUCUUCUAGGAUGAAAUACAUGAAAAAAUUGUUGAAAAAUAACGAGAUUCCUGAACAUGGAUCUCUUUCACUUGGAUUAGAUUGUAGUGACGUUCAGUAUCAAGCUGCUUUGACCAUGGAAGCUGGCUCGAGAUCUCCGCUUCCACUGUCUUCUAAUUUUAGCUCAUUAAAUUUAGGCGAUGAAGAUAUUCCAGAAUCACAAACUUCUCAGAAGCCUCUGGUAUUUUAUUCGUAUUCAUCAACAUCCAGUUCGAAAUCAGUAUCCUUGAUAAGAUCUCCGCCUAUGGUUAAACCGAAGCCUACUAAACCUCCUAGAAAAUACAUCGAUCCUAAUUUGACACAUGAAAAAUUUGCCGAUACGGAAUCUCUGAAUACAUCUGACGUAAAAUAUAAAAAACAAAAUUAUUGUUCUUCUUCUAAAUUCGAGAUUGCAAUCGCUAGUUUAGAAUCAAAAGAAGAUGAAACAAAUUCUUAUGAUUUAGUUGAGGUUCGAAAUAACGCAUGGAAAACGCACGGACUCGAUACUAUUCCUCACAAUGAAAAACGAGAUUCAAACUAUUUAUUGUCUGAAUCAAAUCCUGAGCAAAUAAAUUCAGUUAUGAAAAAUCUUGAACUUGCCAGGAAGAUGAAAAGUAUUAAAGAAGAUCAAAGUAUUAGCGACAGUCACUAUAAUAAUAACGAAACUGAUGAAGAUCUAGGUAUCGAUUGUGGAAAUUUAAAUGAUGAUGAUAAAAGUUAUAAUUUCCAGUAUGAAACGAUAAUUACUGAGAGUAGCAGCUCAUCUACAAUAGCAUCAGUACCAACAUCUGAUUAUAAUCUAUCCCUGAACUUGGAAUCUCCUGCUGAUUAUGACAAACUCCAGCAUAUCGGCUCUUUGUAUAAAGGAAAUAAUAAUUCUGGAUACAAAGUUCCAACUGUAGCGAAUAAUUCGGAAAAUUUUCUAUCAUGUUAUAACAGUAACUCGACUUCAGUAGAAAAAUCGAUUCCUUCAUGGAAUGAUUAUGAUGUUGUUGAAGAUGUUCUUGCUGAUAGCAGCAGUCGAGGGUAUGGUGUUAUAAGAAAAAAAGCUGCUCAGCCUGAACCCAAACAUAAAGUUUAUAAUAAUAGUGAAUACGCCAUAGUUUCAAAACCUAAGAGGGUAUAAAAAAAUAUCAUGAUUUUAAAUUACACAUCACAUGAUUUUAAAUUGGUAAUAAGAUAAAAGACCUAGUAUUCGAUCAGAUUCUAGUUCCCUGAUUGGAUACUAGUUCCUGAUCGGAUACUGGGUCUCAUAUAUAUAUUCUGCGAUAAAUGUGUGGACUUCGAAUUUUUUAUGCUCAUUUUAUAAGUUAUCGAAAAUCGAUAAAUGUCAAUAAAUCCAGUGCUUUCAUCAAAAUUUUUAAAUUAAGGAAAGAAAAACACGGUAAAAUGUAUACUAUUCGCGUGGACCAAAAAAUUUAUAUAAAAAAUAGAAAUAUGUGUUUUUUGUUGUGAAAAGAUACAGUAUUUUCUGUAAAGUAUGACUUGAAUUAAAUUGUAAAUUUUAUUUGAUUAGAAAAACACUCUAACUAGUAAGCAAAGCAAAACUGCUAUGGAAUUUAAAUAUUGAAUUGUCAAUUACUUUCAGUUAGUUGUUACAUCAAGCUUAAUUAAGAAUGUAUAAUAACUAUGAUUCAUACCAAAAAUCUAUUUUAAACAAAGUUAAAAGAAAUUGAACAAUCAAACAAAAAACUUUAUAAAAGCUUUUAAAAUUCGAUUUUAUAUAUCCUGUUUGUGGGAUUAACGUUAAUUUUUUUUAC